UUUGCUUCAUCUGCUCUGGACCCGCCACUCGGAAGGAACUCCGUGACGGGGGCUCAAGGCGCUGGUUAAAGCGAAGUGCGACUGACAGCUGCCCGACCACGUGCUUCAAACCUGUUCCACUUCCGGGGGCCCUCGUGUCAGCCGUUCCCCAAGCGCUGGAGCAAAUGACGAUAACAAGAUCAAGGGCCCCCGUCUCGGCCCGGCGGCCCCGCAGGACUAGAAGGUGACUGGUUCGGGUGAAAAAGAGGACGAAAGUUUGCGUGAAAUCCUGAGCCCAUUUGACAUAUAAGGAAGCGUUUCCAGGAAGGAGUCUGUGGAGCCGCUUCCUGGACGAUGUUUCCCGGCCUGCAGGAGGCGCUCCAGUCCAGACCUUGACCCCUUCCGAGGCUGUUGGGUACUGAUCUCGGAUUCCUGGAUCAAGGAAGUGACGCAAAUCGCGGUCUGAAUUAUCAUCCUCUUAGUUUCACCACUUCCUCUCGCGAGAUCCCGAGGCGGCCUGUCAUGUGAUCAUCCAAGAUGGCGGCGCCCAGUGCUGCUGCGGUGGUAGCUGAGAACUCGGCUCCCGUGUAUUUGGUGGUGAGCGGGAUCCCCGCGGGCCUGCGCUCGGCCCAACUGAGGAACUAUUUCAGCCAAUUCCGAGAGCAGCGCGGCGGCCGCGACGCCGGCUUCCUCUGCUUCCACUACCGCCACCGACCUGAGCGGGCUCUGGCCCCGGAAGCGGCCCCCGGCUCAGCACCCCCAGCCCCAGCCUGCGAUCCCGCGCCUGUCCAAGCCCCGGCCUCCCCGCCCCAGACCUCCGAUCUGCCGGCGGCUCCUGCUCUGCCUUCAGCCGCAGCCCCUCCCUCCACCUGCUGCUGCGUGAUCUCGGUGCGGGGGCCGGCCCAGGCCGAGCGGUUCCUGCGCAUGUACUCGGGCCGCCCUUGGCUCGAUUCUCAGGGGAACUGGCUGCCGGGACGCUGCCGCAUCCGCAGGCUCCGGCUCCCCGUGCAGGAGGCAGGUGUUGAUCCCUUUCCUUUCAAGACCCGGAAGGAGUUGCAUAGGAGAAGGACCACAAGUGAAGUUUUCACACUGGCUGACCUCAUACAGCUACCAGAAUUGAACCCUCCAGCCUUGAUGCCCAAUGGGAACGUGGGCACCCCAAUGCGUAUCUUCUUAGAGCUGAUCCGAGCCUGUCGGCUACCCCCUCGCAUCAUUACACAGCUGCAGCUGCAGUUCCCCAAGACAGGUUCCUCCCGGCGAUACGGCAAUGUGCCCUUUGAGUAUGAAGACUCAGAGACUGUCGAUCAGGAAGAGCUGGUGUACACAGCACAGGGGGAGGAGAUCCCCAAAACCCCCCAAGGAGCCUUGCCCACAACCAUCACAACUGGAACCCAAGAAGGGCCAAAAGAAGAGGAAGAGGAGUCUCAUUCAGAUGAUGACAAUGACACGUGUGAGGAGUGGGAGCGACACGAAGCCUUGCAUGAGGAUGUGACGGGCCAGGAGCGCACCACAGAACGGCUUUUUGAGGAAGAGAUUGAGCUCAAAUGGGAGAAAGGUGGCUCUGGGCUCGUGUUUUACACAGAUGCUCAGUACUGGCAGGAAGAAGAAGGAGAUUUUGAUGAGCAAACAGCUGAUGACUGGGACGUGGAUAUGAGCAUAUACUAUGAUCGAGAUGGUGGAGACAAAGAUGCUCGUGACUCCGUCCAGAUGCGCUUGGAACAGAGACUUCGUGAUGGCCUGGAGGAUGGCACUUUUGAGCAUCACACAAAGGGUAUUGGAAGGAAGGUGAUGGAGCGACAAGGCUGGGCUGAGGGACUUCGUGAUGGCCUGGAGGAUAGCUCUGUGGUCAGCCACCAAGUUGUUUCCUUUGAGCAUCACACAAAGGGUAUUGGAAGGAAGGUGAUGGAGCGAAAAGGCUGGGCUGAGGGACUUCGUGAUGGCCUGGAGGAUAGCUCUGUGGUCAGCCACCAAGUUGGCUCCUUUGAGCGUCACACAAAGGGUAUUGGAAGGAAGGUGAUGGAGCGACAAGGCUGGGCUGAGGGCCAAGGCCUGGGCAGUAACUGCUCAGGAGUGGCUGAGGCCCUAGACAAUGAUGGGCAGAAUCCCAGAUGUAAGCGGGGAUUAGGAUACCAUGGAGAGAAAUUGCAGUCUUUUGGACAGCCUAAGAAACCACGUGGGACCAGCCUGGGGCUCAUCUCCACCAUCUAUGAUGAACCCCUUGCUCAGGACCAGGGUGACGACCUGCUUCGACGCCAGCCACCUACCAGCCUGAAGUUCCGAGCAGAUAUGACCUUUGUGAGAGGCUCAGACCUGGACAGCUUUUCCCACAACUCAUCAGAUCCUGAGUGACUGGAACAGGAAUGCCACACAUGGUGGCGAGAAUCACAGCAUCUCCCUGACUUUUCUGUUCUUGAGGCCAAAGGGAGUGAUUGGCUGUAGGAUCCAGAUUUUCCCAGAGAAGAGAAUGGCAAGAGAGAGCUGGGAACCAGUCAGCUUUCUCACUUCUCUUCCUUCCCAUAUGCUACCUCAAGACUGCAAUUUUAUUUAUUUUUUAAAAAACACCAUUUGUUAUGCUGUUCAGCUCUGGUGGUUUUUCCUUAUGGAUUUUAAUCUCUUAUUUGGUUUUGGCCUGGGUUCUUCCCUAGAACACUGGUAAUAGUGUUGGCUCUGUCCCUUCCUUCGUCCUCUGAAGCAAGGUGUCAUUUGUCAAGACCAGGCCAGAUUUUUCCUGCAUACAGUGCUGGCCAAAUAGGAGUGGACAUGGCAGCCUGAGCCCAUUCUACUUACUAAUCCUUCUGUGAAGGGCAGACAGACACACAACAGAAUAAAGUUUUUGUCUGUAUAACCAAAUUGUUUUCCAUUUUCAAGGAGGGAACCUAUUUGCCUCUCCCCACAGCUUCUAAUUAAGAGUCCUCAACCCCAUUUUACCUCUCAUUGGAUCUUAAACAGCCACAAACAAAGAGAUUCCAGGAUCCCAGAAAGAAAAACUCAUUGAGGGUCUGGAUAUUCCAGUAAACACAAAUUAGUUUCUUGAAGAUAUUAUCCGAAAUAGUGUUGAAUGUUUCUCACAUUGUCAUAUGAAAUUUAAUUAUGUGCUUACAUUCUGUUUCAAUUAUAAUUACUAAGUGAACCAUACUGGCACAGCAACUGGCUAAUGGUUCAUGUACGCUAGUUUGAGUGACUGGGACAAAUCUAAAGUGAAAUUAUUAGGGAUAGAUGUUGAGUCCUCUGCUUAAGCUAUACAAAUACAAAAUUAUGGAAGUAUAGAUAGAGUAGCUCAUAUGAAAAAGAUCUUGGAAGUUGAAUAAAUUCCGCGUUACAAAUAGGCUCCAUUAGGAGAAGAAUCUUGCUAAACAAGUGAGGUCAAAAGGACUCAUGCACUUUUCCUGGGGAACUGUGUUCCAGUUCCAUCCUGUCAAACACACUUUAGGAAGGAUCUUGACAAGAUGGAGGCCUGGACACCACUCCAUAUGAGAUCUGGCUGUAGGACCAGGGAUAGUUUAAAGUGGAAAAAAUAGAGUAGGUGGGACAUACAAACUGGUUUCAUAUAGGAAAAGCUUCCAGAACAAUUAGCAUUGUCCAGAAAUAGCAUGGACUACCUUUCCCUGAAGAUCUUCAAGUAGAUAUCUGCCCACUGGUCAGGGGUCUUUGGGAGGCAAGUGGCACUUAUGGUAAAGUUAGGAAUCAACUGAUAAUAUAAUCAGCAAAACAAAUGCUUAGCAUGUGUCCUCUUCCUUUUUAUUUAUAAUUUACAUUGACAAUCAUUUCCUGUUGGUGUUUUCUUUAAAAUAAUAUAUGAUGGUUCUUUGGCUGUAGGUUUCUUGGGGAGGUUUUCUGGAGGCAGCCUU